AUGAAGAUCUGCAGUGUUGCGGUUGCUUCGACUUUGGCAAUUGGCGCUCUUGCUGACUUGCACUUCACCCGGAUCUGUUACGACUCUCCGGCCAGUAAAGUGCAAGUACACAGGAAGGUCGCCACGGAUCAUGUAUGCACCUGGUACCAGAAUCGGAACACGGGCGACGAGAAAUGGGAUCAAUGUCUGGAUUGCACCGCGAAGACUGAUCAAGACCUGCGGUAUUACUGCCAAUUCGAAGGACAGCACAUCGGAGAUGAGUUGAGCUAUUACUGCGAGAAGACGGGCGCAGCGGGGAGUUUGGCUUGGACGCAUUAG